AAGCUGCGACGGUUGAGUUUCACUCUGGCUGUCUCCUCAGAGUCGGAGGCACAGAGAGCGCGAUACUCAGGCCGAGCUGGAGCUGCAGCCCGAGCGCGGCGGUUCUCUCAGCCUGCCCCCUCGCCUUCUUUAGCCUCGAUGGGAACUCAAACAAGUCAUUCCUCCUAAGGAUCUGGUAUCUCCUUCAAGAAGUGACAGUUUGUGCCAGCUCUCCAGAGAGAAAAGGUAAGGUGUGGAAGAGACAGGAUCGAAUGAUGAUUCAGGAAGCUUAAUCUUGCACUGGUCUCUGAGGUGAACUAGAAGGAGAGACAAGAAUUGGAGAAGCCAGUAGAGAGAAUCCAUAUCAAAGUGAGAAGCAGGUCUGCAGGAAGCCCUGAGAUGAACCCGAGACUCCAGGCCAGAGUGGUCUGAAACCGUUUGAGAAAGCAGAGGACGUCCUGGAGAAGAUGGCCAUGGCCCCAAGCCCUUCACUGGCUCAGGUGUACACCAGCCCUGUGGCAGUGGCCGUGUGGGAAUGGCAGGAUGGGCUGGGCACCUGGCACCCGUACAGUGCUGCCGUGUGCAGCUACAUCGAGCAGCAGUUUGUCCAGCAGAAGGGCCAGCGCUUUGGGCUGGGAAGUCUGGCCCACAGCAUCCCCUUAGGCCAAGCUGACCCUUUGCUGGCCCCUUACAUCAUCGACCUCCCCAGCUGGACUCAGUUCCGCCAGGACACUGGCACCAUGCGGGCUGUACGCAGACACCUGUUCCCCCAGCACUCAGCACUGGGCCAGGGAGUCAUCUGGGAGUGGCUGAGUGAUGAUGGCUCCUGGACAGCCUAUGAAGCCAGCGUCUGUGACUAUUUGGAGCAGCAGGUGGCCAGGGGCAACCAGCUGGUGGACUUGGCCCCGCUUGGGUACAACUAUACCAUCAACUACGCCACCCACAAGCAGACCAAUAAGACUUCAAGCUUCUGUCGCAGUGUGCGGCGCCAAGCAGGGCUCCCUUACCCAGUGACCACCAUCAUUGCUCCACCGGGCCACACAGGAGUUGCCUGCUCUUGCCAUCAGUGCCUCAGUGGCAGUGGUACUGGCCCUGUGUCAGGCCGCUACCGCCACUCCAUGACCAACCUCCCCUCAUACCCUGUCCCCCAGCCUUCCCACAGGACUGCUAUUAUCUUUGGGGCCCACCAGGCCUUCGCCCCAUAUAGUAAGCCUACACUCUCUGGGGCUAGGUCUGCUCCAAGACUGAACACCACCAACCCCUGGGGUGGGGUGCCACCCUCCCUGGGGAGCCAGCCCCUCUACCGCGCCAGCCUCUCCCACCUGGGACUGCAGCACCAGCCCCCAGGAUCAUCCACUGCCAGUGGAGCCAGUGCCUCCUUCCCCAGCGGUCCCACCAGCAGCCCUGGGAGCAUCCCCGCCACUGUGCCCAUACAGAUGCCGAAGCCCAGCAGGGUCCAGCAAGCCCUUGCAGGCAUGACGAGUAUUCUGAUGUCAGCCAUUGGACUCCCUGUGUGUCUUAGCCGUGCACCCCAGCCUGCCAGCCCUCCCGCCUCCUGUCUGGCCUCUAAAAGUCACAGCUCAGUUAAGAGAUUGAGGAAAAUGUCCAUGAAAGGAGGAACUCCAAGGCCAGAGCCAGAGCAGGUGAUAAAAAACUAUACCGAAGAGUUGAAAACUGCCCCAGAUGAGGACUGCAUCAUCUGUAUGGAGAAGCUGUCCAUGGCAUCUGGGUACAGUGAUGUGACUGACAGCAGGACCAUUGGGCCGGUUGCUGUAGGCCGCCUUGCCAAGUGCAGCCAUACCUUCCACCUGCUCUGCCUGCUGGCCAUGUACUGCAAUGGCAACAAGGAUGGAAGUUUGCAGUGUCCUUCCUGUAAAACCAUCUAUGGAGAGAAAACCGGGACCCAGCCUCAGGGGAAGAUGGAAGUGUUCAGGUUCCAGGUGUCCCUCCCUGGCCACGAGGACUGCGGGACAAUACUCAUAGUUUACACCAUUCCUCAUGGCAUUCAGGGCCCCGAACACCCCAACCCCGGAAAGCCAUUCACUGCCAGAGGGUUUCCCCGCCAGUGCUAUCUUCCAGACAGCGUGCAGGGCCGCAAGGUCCUGGAGCUGCUCAAGGUGGCCUGGAAGAGGCGCCUUAUCUUCACAGUGGGGACGUCCAGCACCACGGGCGAGACGGACACGGUGGUGUGGAACGAGAUCCACCACAAGACCGAGAUGGACCGCAAUGUGACAGGCCACGGCUACCCCGACCCCAACUACCUGCAGAAUGUGCUGGCCGAGUUGGCCGCCCAGGGGGUGACCGAGGACUGCCUGGAGCAGCAGUGACCUGGUCUGGCUGGACCCCUCCUCACCCCACCUGUAGCCAGCUGCCCCCUCCCUCCACUGCAGCUGGGCUAUCCUGGAAUGGGCAGGUGGGAAGAUGCCUUCCUCAGAGGCUGGAAGCUGGGCUUCUCCUGCCAGCCUUUCCCCCUUCUUCCCCCCUCCAGGCCUGGGUCUGUGUAGGAAUUGGGCGAGCCUGGGGAGUUGUACUUGUGGGGGCUUAAGGUGCAGCUACCUCAGUGCAUGGGCCCUCUGUCAUCGGCAGCUGCUUUGGGCCCCCAGUGCUGGGGGCCUGGUGUGGAGUGAGGAGAGACCACCCUGUCCUCAGCCAGGGCAGGCAUAGGUUUGGGGUCAGCUUCUCAUACCUCAGAUGCUCUGUUUGCAAUAAAUGCCAUAUAACCAAA